AUCGAGGAAAAUUCAACUACAUAUAAAGUCAGAAAGUGCAGCGGCAGCGGCAGCGGCUGCGGCGGCAAUAAAUGUGCAGCGAUAAUGAUCGAAAAUCAAUUGACGACACGCGCUUCGCUUAGCCAAAAGUAUCGACACUCCCCCUACGCAAGUGAAAUAAUGUAAAUAUAGUUGCGGCAGGACAAAUUGUUGAAGAUAAAAAUAACUAAAAAAUUUUCAAUUACUCAAAGGCUGGGGCUAACUCACAAAAGUCACAUUUGUUAUUCGUUUUUUUUUUAAACGCCCACACGUUCUACAUAUGUGUCUAUGCAUUCGUAGAUUAUACUUCAUCGGCUUGUGAAAUGUUUCGACGCAAAAUGUUGCAGCUGCAUUGGAUAUACGCGUGUUGCACGCUGUUUGUGGCACAAAUGUUACUCUGUCCCACCGUCGCGGGAAUGAAAGUUUCACUCUUUGGCGAUGGCUACAUAACGAUGCCCCUGCAGGAGGCCAAAAUGUCCACAAACAUUCGCGUCAAAUUUCGUACACAACAAGAGAAUGCAUUUCUCUUUCUCGCCGCCGGACGCACCGAUUACUGCCUCAUGCGGCUAGAAGGCGCCGCCAUUACAUUUACCUAUAAAAUUGAUCGCGAAGUCAUACAGCUCCGUUCGCCAAAGAAGCAGCAUCUGAACGAUUUAGAGUGGCACGAUGUCGCCGUGCAACGUUACGAAAAUAAUAUAACGCUGCAGGUGGAUGGCAAUAUAGUGCGCAAGACGCUGCCGGCCGAAAUGACGGCGUUGAAUGUACACUUUGGCACAUUCCUCGGCGGUGUGGGCGACUUUCCCGCUGAGUAUUUGACGGAUGUGGUGGGCUUUCGCGGCUGCAUAUCAGAUGUAUUUUACAACAACAUCAAUAUCAUAAAACGCGCCAAGGAGCGCACAGGCCACACAACCAGCAUUGGUGUGACUUGGUCGUGCAGUAAUGAAUUCGAUGGCAACAUCAAGGAUGCGAUUAGCUUUCUCAAUGAAGACUCAUUUGCGUUGAUGUCAAAAGAGUCUAACGCAGCGGGCGAAUCCCUGGCAACGCAGUUUCGCACCAUGGAAGAGGCUGGCGUGCUCUUCUUUAAUGGUGGCUACGAUUUUGUGCUUUUGGAAAUCGAAGAAGAAGCUGUCAAGCUGACCUUUAACAAGGCAGGCAGUCUCGUGCAACUCUCGCCCAAUCAAAGUGUUGCGGAUGGCAAGUGGCAUCGCAUCGUGCUGCGCUAUAAUGCCGCUAUGGCUGAGCUGAUACUCGACGAUGUCGCCUACAGCGGCACGCAUGGCAAUGACACCAAAGCCACCAUCAACUUGGAGAAGAGCAUCUUCUUUGGUGGUGUGCAGGAGGAUAUGCGCAGGCGUCUGCUAAAUAAGGGAUUGCUUGUGAACGAUCUCAGCUUCAAAGGCUGCAUGCGUGGUCUGCAGGUGAAUAAUCAAGACUUGGGCUUUCCACAAAUGAAGGUCUCACAUCAUCUGUCCGUUAAUUGUGUUUGGAAAUAUCCUUGCGUAGAGCAUAAGCCAUGCUUGAAGAGCGGCAUCUGCAAUCAGUAUGGCGUGGACGAAUUCAUCUGCUAUUGCGAUCAGUCGUAUUGCAUUAAGGCCGACUAUCAAGGUCCAUUUAAGAUCUUCACCGAAACGAGUCCGGAGUUGGAGUUGCUCUACGUUUCACCCAUGCAACUGCUCGAAGGCGGCAUCGUAUUCUUGUCGCCACAUUUCAUUGACGUGCUUAUUGAUAUGCGUAAAUAUCCCAGCCUCACCGAUACUUCCAUUGUGUUCCACGUCGUUCAGCAGCCCAAAUAUGGCCAACUGCUGCAAUUCUCAGUGGAGAAAAAUAAUUUUGUGCAGUGUCGCACAUUUAGCCUCGUUGAUCUCUCCACAGACAAAGUGAAAUAUGCGCACAAUGGCAUGGAGAACUUCAACGAUCAUGCCACUCUAGAUAUGCAGGUGUAUGGUGACAUACACAAGGUGCCAGAGAAUAUUCUCGGCAAACAUCGCUUUCUCUUGCACGCCAACGUAACGCCCAUAAAUGAUCCGCCACAGCUACAGAUACCGAUCAACAAGAUUUUGCGCGUCAUCGAAGGCAUCGAGCGUGUACUGGAUGUGGAUUUGUUCAAUAUUGAUGACCCCGAUAGCCCGACGAGCGCUUUAAUCUAUACAAUACUGCCUUCCACGAAUCCCGCCGAAGCCUUUGGCCGUUUCCUUGUCAAUGGCUUAGGCACUAUGACUUUCUCGCAAGCGGAUGUCAAUUUGGGCAAAGUAGGCUUUCUUUACAACUCAACAACCACUGAGGCCUUUAGCUACCAAAUAUUGUUGCAUGUCUCAGAUGGCAUCGAAACGAGCGAUACUGUUUACCUGCCUGUAUCGGUGCAUCCACUGGAACUGCGUUUGGUCAACAACACGGGCUUAAUUAUGAUACACAAGUCAGCUUUGCCCAUCACUCCGGCGAAUCUCUCGGUUGGCACAAAUACGGCAGAUGAAAAUAUCGAUAUUCGGUAUGAGAUUGUCAAGCCUCCUCAAUAUGGCGCUAUACAAAGGCUGCGACAAGUCGAUUCUUCUUGGGUGAAUGUCGAUUGGUUUCGUGAUAGUCAAAUGCUGCUUGGGCAUAUUCGAUAUGUGCAUGCUAUCGAAUUUCCAUGGCAGGAUGAGUUUAAGUUCAUUGCAUCCUAUGGCUUUGUGACUACACAAACGUUCGACUUUCGCAUUACCUUUACGCGCCUGCGCAUCAAUUCUGCUAAACCAUCGGCCAUUGCAGUCAACGGCACACGUGAGUUCGUGUUCACGAGUGAUUUGCUGACCUAUGAGACGGUACCGAUAGAUACGUUUCCACGAAAUAUUAUUUACAAAAUCUUAAAGCCAACAAAAUAUGGUGCCAUUUACGUUGAAGGUUCCCGCAAAUUUGCAAAAGAAAUGGACUCUUUCACACAGCUAGAUAUUGAUAAAAAUCGCAUACGCUACAAAACUCAUCUUACCAGCUAUUCCAGUUUUAUCGAUUACUUGGAGUUCGUUGUUUCCGUUGCGGAGUGUGAUGAUGUUGUCGGUCGACUGAAGAUACUAUUCACUCCACUCGAGGCGAACACAGAUAAACUUACCUAUCAGAAACGUGACAUGUUGCACGUACAAGAAGGUGAGCGCGCCCUCAUUACCAAGAAUCACUUCGAGAUACGCUUUAACCUGUACGAGAGUCUGCAAUUCACCGUAACGGAAGCGCCCAAACAUGGCACACUCUGUCGAUACGAUGAGCAGGCGGCUAAAGUUAUACCAAUAACCGAAUUCACAUUGGAGCAACUCUUCCUAAAUGAUGUCUACUAUUGUCACGAUGACACCGAGUCCACAGAGGACUCCUUUGAUCUGCUCAUACUCUCCGCAGAUGGUACGGACUUGCAAUUUGUCGCUGCCAUUGAUGUGCGCAUCAAAUUGAUCAAUGAUAAUGCACCCUACCGCACGGCGGAGCGCAUCUUCCAUGUGGUGCGCGGUGGCUAUCGCACGCUCAGUCCGGAUGUGCUGCAGUUCUUGGAUGCCGAUGUGAAUACAAAUCACACGGAUAUACUCUUCAUACACGUUUCGAGCACAAAUGGCGCUUUCUACAAGUCGGGUAGCUUCAUUGAUUCAUUUAGUCAGGACGAUAUCAAUAAUAGGCGCAUAGCUUUCCAACACAAUGGCCCUGAUGCGGGCACCGCCUCAUUUAUUAUAACCGAUCGUCAGCAUGAAGUGAAUGGCUUACUGGAGAUACUCGCCUCUGAUCCUUUCGUUUCAAUGCUGCCAACAAAUGCGUCGGUCGUGCAGGAGGGAAAAUUUGUAAUCUUGCGCAACAAGGACUUUGUUCUGGAGACAAAUUUGGACAUGAAGCUAGAUGAGAUCAACUAUGAGGUGAUUAAGCCGCCAGCGUAUGGCAUUCUCAUGUAUUUGGGUAGAUCGAAAAGUACCAAUGGCAAUGAUACCACAUCCACGCAGAGUAAGGCAACAAAUCUGACAUCGCUGACCAAUUUCACGCACUUGGAUAUUGAACGCGAUCGGCUGGUGUACUGGAAUACGGAAAUCGCGUCCAUGGACAAAGUGCGCUAUCGCGUCCAUAUCAAGAAUAUAUCCGCUGAGGGCGAGGUGAUUAUGCGCAUUUAUCCCUCCGCCUACUGGGAACCGCUGCAGGUGAAGAAGAAUCAAACGCUUUAUGUGGAGGAGUCUACGAGUGUACUUAUCUCACGCGACGUGCUGGAGGUCGUUCAUCCCAAUAUUUCACCAGGGGAUAUCACAUUUCUUGUUACCUCUUCGCCGUUGCAUGGCUAUUUGGAGAUGCAAUCCAUGUCGUUUGAUGAUGAAUACAAUUGCAAGGUCUUCGAUCAGUCGGCUAUCAAUACAGAGAAAAUGUUCUACAUACAAGCGGGUGUUAAUCAAUCCAUGGACUAUUUUGUCUUUGACGUUACCAAUGGUAUUACGUGGCUGCGAAAUUUGAUGCUGAAGAUAGUCAUUAUUCCGGAGAAGCUGUAUAUGCACACGAAUGUGGUGUCCGUAGUUGAAGGCAAAACGGUCCAACUCAGCUCCUCCGAUAUACAACCUUUCUCAGAGUUCUAUAGAGGCAAAAUUCUAGAAUAUAUCAUUACAAUUGCGCCCACUUCCGGUUACAUUAUGGCCGCCAAUUCGAAGGUAAAACGUUUUACACAAAAACAAUUGGAUCAAGGUGGCAUACAGUAUAUACACAAUGGCAACGAGAAUGCCACCGAUGUCAUGACCGUAAUAGCGACAGCAAGAAACAAGGAGAGUGUGCCAUUUGAGCUGGAAUUCGCCGUGAUACCGGUUAACGACGAACAGCCGAUGGUGGUCACAAAUACCGGACUGCAAGUGUGGAGUGGCGGCAAGUACAUCAUUAAGUACACAGAUCUCAUGGCUCAAGACUACGAUACGCCAGCGGAGAACAUUACCUUCAUUGUGAAUUACAUUUAUGGCGGUUAUUUGGCAAAACGCGCUGAUCCAAAACAGAAAAUCGACACUUUUUCGCAAGCGCAAAUUAAUAACGAGGAAAUUUACUUCAUACACGACUCUACUUCGCGUCGCAACGAAAUGUCAUUUAUGGUCACAGAUGGACUUUUCAACACCACCGAUCAGCUGCUGAAUAUCGCCAUAAGACCUGUGGAAAUCAUCGAAGAGCGUAAUGAAAAUUUGCAUGUCUUUCCGUUAACGAAGAAACAAAUUCUACGUGAUCACUUGUAUUAUCGUUGCUCUGAUGAGGGGCGUGACAUUUACUAUAAUGUAACAGUGCCGCCCAGUCUGGGUCGUAUCGUAAAUGAGUAUCUGGAUAAUGGAUAUUCGAAGGAGGUCGCUGGCUUCACACAGAAUGACAUUGACAAUGGUCGCAUAUUUUACGAACAUACCUCGGUUAUAAUGGAAUUUCGCAUAAAUGACUCCUUCUACUUUGAUGUGGUUGCUGAUCGUAGUGAUCGCUUGUUGGAUCAACGAUUUAAUGUCGAAAUAUCUGUGUCGUCUGGUGGUCUGUUGCGUUUUUUGCCUGUUUCGAAGUUGAAAGUUGAUGAAGGUGGUUCAGCGCCGAUUAAAUUGGAUUUUUCGAAAAUUUUGGAAUAUUUGAAGACUCGUGCCGGCAUAAUUAAUCCAGAAUUAUAUAUUGAAUCCACGCAGAAACCGAUGCAUGGCCAUAUUGGGUUGGGACACGAGUUCAAAGCGGUGCAGAAGUUUCAGCCCACUGACUUUUUGACAAAGAAAGUUUACUACAUACACGAUCACUCGGACACGCUGGAGGAUACGAUCUUGAUGUCGGUGUACUUAGCGCAGUAUCUAGCACAGGGUAACAUUUUCCUCUGCAAUCUCACGGUGCCCGUCUCGAUCAAGCCGAUCAACGAUCAGCCAUUCACGCUUGUUACACAUUUCCCGCAAAUGACCGUGGUGGAGGGUGAAAAUCAAACGAUUACGCGCAAUGUGCUACUUACCGAAGACAAGGAUACACCACCCGAUCAAAUUGUCUACGACGUGAUGAGCGGUCCCACACUUGGAGUGCUGAGGAAAAUAAACCUUGAAGGAGACGCUGAGGAUCUGCUCGCCUAUUCGAAUCAGUUUACGCAAGCAGACAUCAAUGAUGGGCGCAUUGUGUUCGUACACUUUGGUACACCACAGUCCACCACGUUCUGUUUUACCGUCUCCGAUGGACAAUUUAAUCCAGCCUAUGAGGUAUUCACAAUUAAAAUUGCACCCAUCAGCUUGCUGCCGGCCGAUUUUCAGUAUCCCGUGCAAGUGCCACAAGGCGCCACAACAACCCUAAUGAAGUUGGAGCAUUUAUCAUUGCGUACGAAUGUGCUGCCCGAACGCUUGUCCUACAAUAUAACUAAUUCACCAUUGUAUGGCAUUGUUGUUUAUAAACACC